AUGUUUGGCGGUACUGGCUCCCCUUUCGGCGGCUUCGGCCAGCAGCAGCAACAGCAGCAACAGCAGCAACAGCAGCAGCCGGGCCAGACGGGCGGCGGGCUGUUUGGCCAGACGGGGACGACGUUCGGCUCAGGCGGCUUUGGCGCAUCGGCGACUCCUGCUUUCGGCCAGCCGGCGCAGCAGCAGCAGAACACAGGCUUUGGCGGUUUCGGCGGCGCGACUUCGACUGCCCCAGCCUUUGGCUCGACCGCCAAUGCUACCCCAGCCUUCGGACAACCUGCAGCAGGCGGCGGCCUCUUCGGUUCGUCGGCGCCUGCGACUGGUAGCACCGGCUUCUCGUUCGGCGGCGGCACGAACACCUCGACUUUCGGCCAGCCAGCGGCCGGAUCGACGGGCACGACGGGCGGUCUCUUCGGCGCGAAGCCUGCGACGACUGGCUUCGGCGGCUUUGGCCAGCCUGCGCAGCAGCAACCUGCAGCUACUGGCGGACUCUUCGGCGGAGCUUCCGCAACUCCUGCAUUCGGCGCAGCUCCGGCCGGUCAGCCCAAUGGCACCGCCACGGCUCCUUACCAGGCGACCACGGUGAUGGAACCGCCUCAGGAGGAGGGCAAGCCGCCUCCCGCCAACCAGACGGCGCACCAGUUCCAGAGCAUUACCUGCAUGCCGCAGUACAAGAAUUACUCGUUCGAGGAGCUGCGACUGCAGGACUACCAGGCGAAUCGGAAGGGUCCGACUGCAGGCGCGGCGCCCGGCUUUGGCAGCGCUUUCGGAGCGUCGUCGACUCCUGCAUUCGGUGCGGCCGGUACGACGGGAACGACGGGCGGUCUUUUCGGCUCGACUGGUGCAUCUGCAACUCCUGCAUUUGGCGCGCAGACGACCGGUACAGGGUUCGGAUCGACGUCUGGCACGACUGGCGGUCUGUUCGGCAGCAGCGGUACGACAAACGCCUUCGGCCAACCCGCGACGUCUCAGCCGGCUGCUGGCGGAGGAUUGUUCGGCUCAACGACAUCCCAGCCUGCGCAGACGGGCGGACUCUUUGGCUCGACCGGAACGACCAACGCCUUCGGCCAGCCCGCUACUUCCGCCGCGCCCGCCUUCGGUGGUUUCGGCGCAGCAGCGCAGAAGCCCGCCACAACCGGCUUCUCCUUCGGCGCGACCAACACGACUGCCCCAGCGACCGGCGGCGGUCUCUUCGGCUCGGCGCAACCCGCGACAAGCGCUCCUGCCAAUCCCUUCGGCCAGCCCGCGUCGAAUGCGCCUGCUUCUGGCGGCCUUUUCGGCUCAAAUCAGCCUGCGCAGCAGCCAGGCGCGUCGACCGGCUUCAGCUUCGGUCAGACCGCCAACAAGCCCCUCUUCGGUUCUGCGACGACGACUUCGGCUCCCGCGUUCGGCCAACCCGCCGCCGCAGCCGCCGCUCCUAAGCCCGCCUUCUCUUUCGGCUCAACUCCCGCCGCCGGUACGACUGGCGGAGGCCUUUUCGGCAACACCCAGCAGCAGACUGGAACGCCUGCGUUUGGCGCGCCGGCCUCCACGGCGCCAGCUACGGGCGGUCUCUUCGGCGGCACGAGCACGUUCGGACAGCCUGCUCAGCAGACAGGAGCGACGAACACGUUCGGUUCGGGCGGGCUUUUCGGCGCCAAGCCUGCGCAGCCGGCGGGCGGUCUCUUCGGAUCGACUACGACACAACCUACUGGCGGUCUCUUCGGCUCGACUACCACCCAGCAACCCGCACAGCAGACUUCCCUCUUCGGCUCGACGCAGCAGCAGCAGCCCGCGCUCGGCGGCUUGGGCGGUUCCCUUUUCGGCAGCACGACCGCCGCGCCUGGCCAGCAGCAACAGCAGCAGCAAGCCGCCUACGCCUCAGCCGACGACGCCAACGCGUACGGCUCGAACCCUCUCUUCGCCAGCGUCAAUCCCUCUCCCGCCCGACCUCUCGAGGAGAAGAAGAAGCCGCCCAUCUUUACCGCCUUCCGAGGCACUCCCAUCAGCCGAUCGUCGACUAAGAUCACUCGCCUGCGCGGCUUCGGCUCGACGUCGACUGCCUCACCCGCACCCGGCACGCCUCUCCGCCUCAGCACCAGCGGCCACGGCUCCUUCACCUCGCCUGGCACGCCUGCAGGACGCGGCUCUCCCUUGCGACUCGUCAACGGCAUCUCGGACGACGUCGCUCUCAGCCCGAACGCCUUCGUCUCGCGACCUAGCGUCAAGAAGCUCGUCAUCGACAAGAAGUCGAUCGGCAAGUCGCUCAACGGCUCGGCUUCGCCCGCCAAGGACGGCAGCGCGACGCCAGCUCGCGCCAAGGUCACCUUUAACCCAGAAGUCGAGCUCCCUGGUCGGUCUUCGCUCUUCGCUGGCGGCGCCUCGACUCGCGGUUCUGCAGUCGGCGAUGAGAACGAGCCAUCGUUCGCGCUGUCUGAGGGAGCGACGGAAGGCAACACCACGAUCGACUCGCCUUCUGCCGCCAAGUCGGCUGCGUCGUCCGACUGGCCCGCCCGCCGUCCGCCUCCUACCCCUUCAGCCCCUAAGCACGGCGACUAUUUCACCAUCCCCUCGCUCGACGUCCUUCAGAAGCUGCCCGCCUCCAAGCUCCGCUCCGUCCCGGACCUCGUCGUCGGCCGCGUCGGCUACGGCCAAGUCGCCUUCUCCGAGCCAGUCGACCUUUCGACCCUCCCAGCUGUCGAGGAGCUCCUCGGCGGUUUCGUCCGCCUCGAGGACCGCAACGCGACCGUGUACCCGGACGAAUACGAGGACGUCAAGCCUCCCCCCGGCGAGGGCCUCAACGUCCCGGCGACCAUCACGCUCGAGAACUGUUUCCCGCUCGACAAGGCGACGCGGAAGCCGAUCAAGGACAAGGACCACCCGAAGGUCCAACAGCACAUCAAGCGCUUGCGCAACCUCGAUGGGACAGAGUUCGUCGACUUCGAUGCAGAAACGGGGACGUGGGUGUUCGAUGUGCAGGCGUUCUGA